AUGCUCUCCCUUGCAGAUGUAGCCUCUUCUACGACAGAUCGCUUGCCUCUCUCCGCCUCUUCCUCUCCGAAUCUCGCACCGUCCGGCAGCAGCAGCAGCAGCAGCAGCAACAGCACUACUCUACUACUUCGCCAACCCGUCCCCCGCAACCGACCUCAUACACGGGCAAGCUCCGAGAACCCCAGACCAUCGACCAGCGACACCAUCAGAUCUGACCGAUCCGGCGGCGGCGGUGGUGGCCACGCCGAUACGUUCAGCAGUUCGACUUUGGCCCCUGGCGCUCACGGCGGUUCGAGAUAUGCCCGUAGUAAUUCCCAGCCCGUGCCGCCAAGAACACCACCCGGGAGUACGAUAUCAAACCGCAGCGCCUCAGAAACCAUCGUCGAGGAUUCGCCUCCGGGCAAAGCCAGGUAUCGAAACCUGAGGACCACUUGGAGGCACAGCUCCGGCUCAGACGCCUUCAGCAGCUUCCUUGAUAUGGACGAUGAGCUGGACGACUCAAGAUCCGCCGGAAGCCCUUCAAGUCAGACGCAGCCAAAGGAGAAACAGGAUGACACUGGCUGCACGCUUGACGAGCUGGUCGACAGGCUGCUCUCCUUGCCCUUGUCCAAACAGGAUGCAAAAUUCCCCGCCAUCUUCCUCUGUCUCUAUCGAAAAUUCGCUACUCCCUUUCAUGUCUUAACCGCCAUAAUCACACGCUUCGAGCACAUCAACUGCAGCCGAUCGCCGUUGCUCACCCGUCACGCAGACCAGCUCAGAUUCCUGAACGUCCUCGCACAAUGGGUCUCGGAGUACCCCGGAGAUUUUGCUGGAGCCAAAACCCGGAGGCUACUGAUCGAGUUCAUUGCCUCACUCGAGAAGAAUAUCGUCUUCGCCUUUGCUGCAAAGGAGAUGAAUUCCUACCUCGAAAAAUUUGUGGAAGACGACGACUUAUGCUGGGCUUACACCGACGAGGACUCUUUACCCGAUUCUACCGACCCGUUUGUGGAUACAACCUCAAACCGCAUGUCCCAGUCCAUGGGUAACUUCAACAUCAGCGACAUGGACCUCGACCUCUCCUCGCAAAACUCCAACCUCUCCACCACUUCCAGUGCAGACAGGGCCGGCAGCAUCUCCAGCCAAUCUUUUCGAACCCUGCUUACCGUUGAAUCCGCCCAGCAGGAAGCCCAGAAACUCGAGCUUGUGCCGCGGAAUCUUCUCACAAAAACCCAGUGGCGCAUAUUCAUGGACAUCCCCGACGAAGAAUUUGCCCGGGAAGUGACCCGGAUGGACUGGAUCAUGUACAGUUCCUUCCGGCCGCGCGAACUUAUUCGACAUGUCAGCUUGUCUGGUCCGAAUAAGGGGAAAUCGUCGGCAUACCUAGAAAAUGUGAACAGGAUGAUCAAAUCGUUUAAUCACCUAGCCUUUUUUGUCGCUAGUAUGGUACUGCUUCGAGACAAGGCAAAACACCGAGCCCAGGCGCUGGAGAAGUUUAUGAAUAUAUCAUUGGUGAGUUAUUACGGACUUCCGUUCGCCCAGGCUCACCCCCCUUUUUAUUAUUUUCCUUUAGUUGCUCCAUCCCUUUCCAUAUACAAGUUGUUCUCGGCUAAUAGGAGUUUUUCCAUAUCAAAGAAACUCCGCCAACUUAACAAUUAUAAUGCGCUAGGCGCAGUUAUUGCAGGGUUGAAUGGAACGCCGGUUUCAAGGCUCUCACAGACUCGCGAACUAGUCCCUCCAACCCUACAGAAGCAAUUUAUGAGUGUAGUUAUACUCAUGAGUACUGAAAAGAGUCAUUUUGCAUAUCGACUCGCAUGGGGAAACUCCUUCAACGAAAGAAUACCGUUCCUACCCCUCCACCUUCGCGACCUGGUGUCUGCAGAGGAGGGUAAUAAAACCUUUGUCGGCGCGAACAACGACCGAAUUAAUUGGCGGAAAUUCGAGGUGAUGGGAGACGUCAUUCUCUCCAUCCAACAGAGCCAGAAAACUUCAUUUCCCACGUAUACCAAGCAUGAUAUCACCCAAUGGUUGAUCCUCGAGGCGAAAUUUGCAGGAGAUGAAGAGGACGCAAACGGUUUGUAUGGAGACGACCUUGAACUGAUGAUUGUUAUGAUAGUAAUGUCCUUGAUACGAUCUAUUAUUUCUUGUAAUAGAGUGUCAAUAUGGCCCGCCAACACACUUGAUACAAUUUACAAUUUCCAGUGUUGGCUCAUUUAUCCGGGUUGGUUAGGAAAGGGAGGGAUGUGGGUUUUACUCGCCGGGAGGAAAUAUUCUAUUUUCAUCACCACCACCAUCAUCAUCAUUAUCAUUUUACAUUCCUCAUAUACCUAA